CAAGACAGGGCGACCUCUUGGUCAAGGAGUCCUCGGGGCCAGGUCCGGCUAUAAAUGGCGGCGGCACAUGUCUAACGGUAAUUAGUUGCCCACUCAAGUGACCAUCAUGCACAUCACGGUUGUUUGCCUCGUAUUCACCUGGAGCCUGAGCCACAGUCACGCAGCCACGACAAUCCUGCAUGGCAACGGACAGGUGGCCAGUGCAAUUUCCCACCAGAGCUUCACCAGAUUAUCGUCAGCGGAGCCACUAGCCCUUCGGUCCCGAAAGCAGCCACAUCCGCUGCUCGUUCCUUCCGCCAGGAUUGUUAACCAUCACCAGGCAGGGGAACGACAACAGGUCGAGAGGUUCUUCCAGGCAGCAGCGGCGGAGGAGGAGGUCCAGCGGGCUCCCAUCUCUGGACAGACACCCGCCCACCUCACCUACGCCGCCCAUCCUGUGGUGCACCAGAUGCUGCCAAGGAUUAAGCCCGUGCGAAACAUCAGCUACGCCUCCCUGACCCCAGGACCUCGCAACCUUAACACCCAUACCAAUCGGAACUUGUCACCCGUUUGAUAUUAAGACCUUGGAAAUAGAUGUCUAGAAACUAGUUAUUCAUAAGUUGUAACGGCUAACGUACAUCAUAGCUUAUAAAACCACAUUUUUAAACAUGUCUUCCAAUUUAACUACUAAAUCAUGAGCGGCAACA